GACAGCGCGCACAUCUACUACGGCAUCAGUAGUGCUGGAGGAGUUUCGUUCGCCAGCCGUAGCGCAGAGUUGAUCCAAAACAUGGCGACAACUGGUUCUAUUGUUUGAGAAGAAGAAAAAAAGAACAGGGCGCAGUUCUUAUUUUUUCGCUUCCAAUAUCCCCUUGAGUGCACCGGACGGAUCGACGGUGUCCAUCGGAUGUGCAACAGUCGGACCAGCGUUCGGUCGAAUCGUGUUGUACGGUGUGUGGAGUUUUUAGUGCGGUGCCUGUUUUACAUGAAGGAAUAUUCUUUUUCUUCCGGUGGGAGCAGCCGCUGCAAUUGAGGAAAAAAGAAGACGAAGUGUUGAAAGAAGUUUCUUUGCGGGAUCUGGUGUUUUCCAGUUGCGACAGAAGCGAAGAAUUGUCGCGCUGGAUCCUGUUCGUCUUUUUGUGUAAAGAAUUUAUACGAUUUUGCAAUCCGCAAAUCGGGAAGGUUUAGUUAAUUCAUUUUUUUUUUGUCUGCUCGCCAGCCCGGAUCGUGUUGAAAAUUCGGAUGGUGUUCGGAGUGUGGAGCAGAAAACAGCCAUUAAUAAUUUAUUUUGUCGGCGAAAAAAGGUUUGAUAAUGUGCUGAUGAUGUUUUGUGCUAAUGUUCAAUAAUAGUGCUUCAGAGUAUAAAAAAAUGCAUUAGUUCUAGAAGUGAAUUGUGACAGUAGUGAAAUUUAAUCUCGACAGGCGGAUCCCUCAUUGUCUCCCGGUUGAAAAAUUUCCGGAAGAUCCUUUCGUAUCCCGAAUCCACCUUUCUCUUCCACCCACUCUGUCUUGGAGAUUGCAAUUCUGUGGAGAAAAAAAAAAUACUCCGAACGUUCAUCUCCCAUUUUUUCCACCAUCCGAGUAGCAGCUGCACUCAUACAACGGCAAUCUCCAGCCAAAACCAGAAGGUAAAGUUACAUCGUGUAUACCUUCCCGUAUGGGUUCAUUCCCAGCAUAAACGACAGCAAAGUUGUGUGAAAAGCAUAGAAAACAAAUUCACACAAAGGGAAUUCCCUUUUGCUUUAGCAACAGCAAAAAAGGAGCAAAAUUCCUCCCUCACCUUCCUUGGAUCUAUAAAAUCCGGCCUCCGCCCUGUGCUCAGCUCUCUUUUUCUGUUGCGACAGUUCUCUCGUCCUGUUGUGAAGUUGUGUAGUGAUCCUUUCGAGCCGAGCACACCCUUCCCUCGAAGUAGGACAACACGCUAAAAGGACGCACGAUUUGGCUGUCAAAAGUUGUUAUGGUUGGUACUGUUGCCUGUUGGGUGUGAAACAGAUAGUGAGGCAAAGGUAUAGUAGAAGUUUAAACCGGGCACUGCAAAAACGCAAAAGUGCCGAAAAAGGCGAAGAAAACGUUAGCAAAAAUUCUGUGCCGUGAAGAGGGAAGCAGUCAGAGUGGCAGCGACAACGACAAUUAAGGUACCAUCACCGUCAGCAGAAUCAGCAGCAGGGCCGACAGUUUCGCAGCACGGAGUGGACACAGCUGCGAGAAAUAUGUGCGAGCAAAGUAUAAUCGGUGCCCGCGCCUCGGUGAUGGUGUACGACGAUGGCCAAAAGAAAUGGAUCCCGUCGGGCAGCUCGUCCGGCCUGAGCAAGGUGCAGAUCUUCCACCACCAGCAAAACAACACAUUCCGAGUGGUCGGUCGCAAGUUGCAGGAUCACGAGGUUGUCAUCAACUGCUCCAUCAUUAAAGGCCUAAAGUACAAUCAGGCGACGGCGACGUUCCACCAAUGGCGAGAUUCCAAGUAUGUCUACGGACUGAAUUUCUCCAGCCAACAGGAUGCGGAAGCGUUCGCCCGAGCCAUGAUGCACGCGCUAGAGGUGCUAAGUGGCCGUGUUCCUCCACCGUCGAUGCAGACGAAUCCGAAUCAGAACCAAAUGGCCUACGAUGAGGAUAUGGGCUACCGCACAAUGACUCGGGAAGAUGCGGCUAUAAUGCAACAGCAGCAGCAGCUUACGGGUCAGCCAGCGCCACCGCAACCGAUUGGGCCCCCCGGUAUGCCGGGAGUUGGUGCACCCGGGAUACUCUCGCCCCAAACACCGACUUCGCAGGCUAUUCCGCCUGGUGUGCAAGGUGUUGGUGGGGUUGGUGGUGGCGGAAUCAUUGGUAUGCCGAAUGCCGGGCUGAACCAACAACUACAGCAGCAGCAGCAACAACAACAGCAGCAGCAGCAAACUCAUCAUCGCACUAGCAGUGCCCCACCGGUUCCACAGCCGCCAGUUCUUCCGACGCCACAGCAGAAACCAAUUUAUGCAUCACAACAAAGCAACACCAGCACAAACAGUAUUACUUAUGGAAGCAAUUCGCAACCACAAUAUCAGCAGCCAAUUUAUGUAGCAUCGAAUCAAAAUCAAUUGAUGAACCAGAUGGCCUCGCAAAUUCCAGCGCAACCGAUACCGAAUGGCACGAUUUACGCCACGGCAACCAGUUCACCCAACACGAGUAGUAAUGCUAAUCCGAUCUAUGCCGGCCAACAGCUGAUGAUCAUGCCUGCAGGACAGACUAACAGCUACGGACAGACAAAUGGCACGUAUGGCGGACAGCCGCAGUACGGCGUACCACCGGUUCCACAGAUGCCAAUCCAACAGAUUCAGCAAUUACAACAGCAGCCACCACCUCAAAUGCAGCAGGUGAACGUCCCACCGCAAGCACCACCGCCACCGAUGCCCCCAGCGUUUCCACUCUCAACGCCAUCCAAUAUUCCACAGCCUCCUGCUCCACCAAUACCACCGGCCAGUGCAGGGGCUCCUCCUCCACCACCGCCCCCACCCGGUGCCAAUCUGCUCGGUUCGAAAGGGUCAGACGGUGGCAUCAAUUCUCUCGCGCUACAGCUAGCCAAUGCCAGGUUAAAGCGGAGUCAACCGCCGAAGUCAACUACGCCGGCACCCCCGGUUUCCACCGUAACGGAAAACAGCGGCAGCAGCACCUCUAGCGGAGGUAGUGGGCGAUCGUCCUCCGGAAUGGCAUCGAUGAUGGAUGAAAUGGCAAAAACGCUGGCACGACGGCGGGCACAAGCAGAAAAGAAGGAGCCGGACUCCAACGACGACGCACAGUCGACGUCGCGCCAGCGAGCGUGGGAAAAAUCCAGCACGCUACCACACAAACUGGGCGGCAGCAAUCAGAACAAUGCCACUAGUAGCAGCCUAAGUGGCUCUGAGUCACCGAAACCGUCGCGAAAGCGGUUCGGCAGUGCCAGCGAAGAAACGAUACUAAAGCAAAUCAACGGUGACAGCUUUUCGUUGCCGAGCUCGGUGGAGCUGGAGAACUUCAAAGAGGAGCUGAUGCGGGAGAUGCGUAACGAAAUUGCGAAAGCAAAGCAAGAAAUCAUAGACGCUAUCAAAUCCGAAUUCAAUCGGAGGUAAAAACGUUAGCCUCGGGUGGCACGCGUACUGAACAUGUCAAGGCUGGAUAGUGAAAUUUUCAAGUUCCGAAGUCGGGAUAUCGGACUUGCGUGUGGGCAUAGGGAGGAGCGAUUAAAGUAGGACAUUUUAAGACACAAAAUAAGCCCUAUCGGCGGCGUACGCUGUAUAAUGCGUACGGAGCAACGGAGGGCUCUCUUCUUUUUUACAGUUUCUAGACUAGACCAGACGGGUACGUACACCCUAAACGGGAUUCGCUGUUUUUUUUUUUUUAAAUUUUGCAAUCAGUGAUUCGAUUUGCAGUGUACGACGAAUACACUGAAUGCCGAUACAUGGUUGGAUCUAAAGAAUGGUUAUAUAUGGAAGUAUAUAUGAAAAUACCGAUUUGAACAAUUGAUAAAUAUACAACUACAUUAGAGGAAACAACUACUGACUAUUGCCGAACGAAUAAUAAAACAAAUAAACGCAUUCUUUUGGUAGCAUAACGCCAAAAAUACUGUCAGUGAGCGGUAUCAAAAAUAAAAGUAAUGAACGGCUAAUAUAUGGUAAUAAAAUAGAUGCUCGAAAACGAUUUUCCUGGAGUACAUUAACCUGGUUUUUGUUCCUUUUCAACUUUUUAAUUACAUCGGCUAGUAUUGGCCUUAGCGACUUUGGUAUUCGUACUGGCCUAUGGCUCUGCGAAUUUUCGGACAUAUUUCAAGGUCAAUUUUGGACAUUUUUUGCGUUAUGUUAUUUAUGAAUGGUCUUUGUUGAGUCGGCCGUACGUCUGCUUUCAUUUUGUGAAAAACAUUUAAACCUUGCAACACCUGAAUUCCUCAAAUCAGUUUGGUUUAGUACCUUAUUCAGUUUCAUCUCAAACAAAAACCACAAAAGGAACUACGCUACUGAUAAAAGUCGUUUGAGAAAUCCAAAGUGAAGGCGACAACAAAAGGACUUGCGCAUCCCGAUAUUGCGAGACAACUUGAUGUCUUUAAGUUACUUGUGUUUUUUGUUGGUUUAGUUUUGCAGACUGGUGUCCAAACGAUUACUAUUAGUAUAUCUGGGAGUUUACAUUUCGACUUCAUCUCAUCAUUAUCACUGCAGACCGACUUGGAUUUUGAGUACGAAUGAAACGCAUGCACCUAUUGCGCAGCUACACACAAUCACACCUAUCUUAGCUGUUCUAAGUAUAACGGAACUACAUGUGUUGCAGUACUUGCUUCCAACACGUUUCUGCUUCUACGAUUUCAAGCUCUUAAACAUACAUUUUUGAUCUAGGAAGUUCGGUAUUCCAUUAUUUAUUUAUGAUCAGAUCGACGGUUCGAGCUCGUUUGGCACGAACCAGUUUUCCAACUGAUGCAUAAUACUGUAAAAGCAGAGAGUUACAUCUAACUACUCUUCUCUUUUGAUACUUGUUUGUCUAUAUCCGUAAAUCAGUCUCACGUUGAUAGGGAAUACGAUAAAACAUGAGACAACCACGCGACGACUAUGGGCACUGGGCAGUCUGUUAAGUAAUCAAGCAGUUUAGAAUAUCUCAAAUCGAUAUCUGAGCUACAACAAAUGAUGUGGUAGAGAUUAUGGAAGGGAAAUCCAUUUCUGACACAGUACGGGGUUCUACACCAUAACAUCUACAGGGCAGGCUAAUUCUCUCUUGUUCGUCUUGUUUGGUUGAUACACAGCAUGAAAACCAAUAAAAAAUCAAAUGUUGAACUAACUACGUGACGUGACACGGAAAGUGAAUCAAACCCGAAGUUCAAAUUUUCAUUCGAAAAAAAAUAUCUAUCCAGUGAUGCUGAGCAUAUAGCACAUUCAACUCAGUGGUCAUCUUCUUCUGGUCCAGAACUUCGCCUUACCUUGGUACUAAAUUUAGUUCGUAAUUUUUUAUACAAAAAUGAAUACUUCAGUUAAAGUGGUUUUCGAGCAUCUGUCAUACCAAUAAUCCUAAACUACAACAAUAUAAACCAUCAGCUGCUGCAGAAGACUUCAAUUACACACAAAACUAACAAAAGAUACAAACACUGAAAGAAAUAGCUGACACAUUUUUUCUACUGGGCGUCUAACAAAGCUUAACAGCCGACGACGAAAGCUAAUUAAAGUCGGUUACAAUAAUCUCGUCAUAGCAUAUUGUAUUACAAUUUAGCCCGCGUUUCUCGGGACAGCAACGGUAGAAAGCGACAGAGAAUAAACACAAAAAUCAUCACUCUAAAUAACGUUUCAUAUUUCAUUCAUAGCAAAAGGGGAAAACGUUUGCAAACCUGGCUAAAUAAAAUCGUAAUUUACAUCUAAUUCUAAAACAAAAUAUCUAGUUGUACGCGGUAAGCAUAACAGAUAGGCUAACAAAAAAACGUAAAACCACAACAAACCCAAACGGAAGAGCUCGCGAUGGCUCGGAUCGGUGUUCUAUUGUUUUAUUUUUGAGACAUAUAUUUCCAUACCAAUUUGCGUAACGUAACGAGUGUAAUUGUUGUUGAUUGGUAGAGAGGUCGAAAGAAGCCAGUUUGAUAUUUCAAAAGUAUAACCUCUAAAGUUGUUAAUUGGAAGCCGUUGUUAAGGCUUGAAUCGGAAGUGUUAGAAGAUCGAAACAAAGAAAAACAAAAGAGUGCAUAAUAAUUAAUACCAAAAUACAGCCAUUUUUUACACUAACAAAAGAAAACUAUCGAUAAACGAACGGCUAUUAUCUAGAAUAUACAAUGAGCAUAAAAACACACUAAUACAUUGUAACGAGCCACUUCCAUUCAUAAGAAAAGCGAAAUGAACAAUGGACAGAAGCCAACUGAACGUUUAGAAAAGUAACAGCCUCUGUCGUGUAACCGAUGUCGGUAAAGAAACGGUCGAGGAUAAAAACAUACGAAUGCAUGCAUUUACCUAGUGUGUACACUGUACAUAUAAUUACACAACCGGCGGGACGCCAGUAUCGAAACGGACAUUUAUAGGGGCAAGGCACUGGAUUCGUGAGCGGAUGAUAAAACGAACGCGAACAUUUUAGCUAUUUUUUGUUGGGCUAGUCUUUCUCAGUUGUAAACAUUGUAGGCCUUUCUGGUCAUGCCCAAUUCUUCUAAUUAUUUUUUCAAGUUCUUAUUAUAUUUUGUUGCAUUUUUAGGAUUUUUCGUUCCAAAACUGUAAGUGUUGGCAGCGUAAAUUGGUGAUGCCCGCCGGCGGGCCAAGUUCAAUUCAUAUUUAUCAUUAUUACAAGCACAUUUCCUUAUUUAAAUCAUAAAAAAUGUUUUUUCAAAUAACGAAUUGUCGGUGGGGUUGCUGAAGUUGUAAAAUGGAACCUUUUGUGGACACUAUUUCUAGUCGGGUUCUUUCUCAUGUUGCUCUCCUGAGAUAUCUAUUAGAAAUUAGAGGAUUGACCCUUAAAAUCACAAAAUAUGUUUGUUGUGUUUCGGAUUCUCCUCGUCAGUAACUAACACCAACUUAAUGCAAGUUAGAUAUAUCCAAACCAGUAUCAAAUUGGCGCUAGUUAGACACCAAAAUCGUGCCCAGGCCAGAUUCGGUCAUAACACGUCGGGUGGUGUCGUUGCGUUUGGGUGACCGUUUGCGCUUCCGAAACGGCCGCUUUGGAAUUUCUCAUGACCAUGUUGGCUGCAUAAUUUUUGACGGUCUGGCCGGUCGCACCGACCUACCGACCACCCAAGGCGCGUAAACAUUUUGCCAUCUUUCCUUCCGUCUUCCGCUUCAGCGCUUGCUGCAAUUUCCGGUCACGUAAAAUCAUCGAAUUGCAGAACCCGGUUUAUGCUAGAUCGUCUCAUCUUUCUCCAGAAGCACUAGGUUCUUGUGUAUUGGUGCUCAACUGUAUCCGGCACGACGACAGACACCUUCACUCCGGGGUGGAGCCUGCGGCAACUACAAAGUAUUGAACGAAGUUGCUUCACACUGAUUUAUCCAUGGGUGCCGUAACCAAACUAUUAAAGCUGUCAAUUUUUUCUAUAUAGAACAUUGCAUGAUGACGCAAUCCAAGAAAAAAUGACAGUUCACCGAGGUUCUUCAUAAGGAGUUUAAAAACGAUUCGAACCCAGGCUCUUAUAAUGUGGAAUAAUCAAAAAUUCUCUAAGUUUCUGUAAACAAGCUCCCCAACUAUCAAAAAGUUAGGUUAAACCAAAUACAAAUUUGUAUUUGGUUAAACGUUUUUAUGCAAUCUAUAUACUGCCCAUAAAAGCAUAAGAGUCCCAUAUUGAAAAAUGCAAGCCGAGAAAAACGCUGUUCAAGAUUUACAUUUUCAUUGAGCCUUAUGGAUGGGACAAACAUGUUUUGGUAUUUUUUUCAAUAUUUUCUAAACAAACCUGGUAAUUUUACUUGUGAAUUGUGAUUCAUCUUCGACAAAAAUCCAUAUGGGACUCUUAUGUUUUUAUGAGCAGUAUAUAUAAAUGUCAAAGUUUGUAUGUAUAUGAUUUAAGGACUCCCAAACGGCUUAACCGAUCGCCGUAAAAAAAUUUACGUAGUAGACAUUUGUUAUGGAGCGUGUUUGUGUGCUAUUGGUUAUGGAUUAUCUGCCUGCGAGAUGGCGCUUCGGAACAAAUUGUGCUUUCUUUCUAUUUCGUUGAAAGUCGCAGCAACGCGCGCUGGGUAUUAGCUAGUGUUCUAUAAAGUAGAGUGAAUAUCAGGCGAGUGAAACCCCAGGACAGACGAAAGAAGACCCUCCGCGCCUUCACAUCUAGCUUGAAUGGUAAUGGUUGGUAAAAUUCUCCUCAGGUUUCCGGCCAUCUUAAAAAAAUGUUUGGGAUCUGGCAUGCAAAGCUCUGCCAGAAUAUCUUUCGUAAGAAAUGGAUUACAGAGCACUUCGUAUUUCCACACACGCGGUUCUUGCUACAGCACAAUCACAGAAGGCUGCAAUCUAUUGUUGGGAAUAUCCGCAAUUCUCAAUUCAGUGGAUGAGACGAAGUAUUUUGAAAUUGCCUGCGAUGUGAGGAGCUUUCAGCACUGAAUACACGUCAUUGAAGUACAUCAGAAACAUCAACGAUCCCAAGCAGCUUCCAUGACAUUGAAGUCAAUGUGGGUGUCUCGCAAUCUGCAAUAAGUACCAUUAUCUCUCGAUCUGUAAGCUAGGGUCGAAAAAACCACUAAAAUACUGUUUAUUCCUAAUUUCUCCAUUUUAGAAACCUUGGUUAAUUCUAUUAAAAAAGCAGAUAUUUUGGUGUAAAUAAUUUCAGUUUAAGCGCAACGUACCAUACUCCAUAUUACGUGGAUUAUUAGACACGGCAGGUUAAUCGUUGCUCUACGUCAGGAUGUGAACCCAUGUUUAUCGUCGAUUAGGUACUACUUGUAUUAACACGCUCAUGAAUUUUCAGCAAGAUGGAAGAAUGCCAAAAUGAAAGAUGUGAUUGAGCGAAGUCACGAAAACGUCGUCACGUCUUCACAAACACAGAAAGGAAUCCAUCGGAUCCCGUAUUGAAAGGCCAUUAAAGCCGAGAAGAAGCUCUGAUACACACUCAAUUCGGCUCGGUAAUUUCCCAACAGCUGUGUAGUCAGUAAAUUUAGAAACUGAUAUCUCAGUAAAGUGAGAUUAGUUUGCUGAUUUUCGGUGAAAUAUUUUCCGAGUCUCAUUACAACUCAUUGAUAGAUUUGUUAUACUCAAAUUUAAGUUAAAUUUACCUAAUUUUGAGUACACCCCAAGCAACUCAAAAGUACCUUCCUCCACGGAAGACCACGGAAAAAAAAUUUGUUAGCUGAGUACUCGGUUGUGUAAAACUGACGAUUCACCGGUGGAUACGCCAUCAGAUUACAGGAUAUUGGUAUAAAAAAUUGAUGACAUUUUGUCGCUAUUCAAUGCAAGCGUAUGAGCGUUUUUCGAAUGGAUUUCCUCUACAAUGCCUUCUUUUAUCUGCCUAAGAAUUUCUCGGACAUUCACGAACAGCAAUAGGAUCUAAAGAAUGAUUCAGUGCGGGUUUUUUUGAAGUUUGAUGUGUAGCUCGACAUUGUAUGGAUAGGUCCUCUAUACAAGGAAGAUUCACAUAUACUAGGGCCAAACGAAUACAUAAAUUUAAACCUUGGAAAAGCGACCAACUGCCCAACAUCAUCCUACAUUUAGUGGAGUAAGUUAUUAUUCACAUAAGCGUAGUGUGAAGUUAGUUCACAACAAAAUUCCACAGCUACGGCGAUGCUGAACCGAAGAUUACUAGGUUCGACACAAAACCGUGAAAUGUUAUGGUUCAGCAGGUAUGAACUCAGUAAAAGUGUGCUUUGCUGCCUCCUCGUUGAUACGAGAUACCCAUUUAAAUUCGUCAGCAAAACUUGCGAAAAUAUCAGGAUGCAAACAUUGUAAUUUUCCACAAAUACUUCGAGUGCAAAUGAUGCAUUUGAUGGAACUCAGGAAUGUGAAACUGAUCGUACGGGAGAUACGUGUUUCCUGAACAUCGAAUGAUCAAAAUAACGACAGGUUGCUUUUUAAUUAGAAUGCUUAGCUUAAUGUUGUUUAGUAAUUACAGAUUACAGACAUUGAGGCUAGAAUAAUUUUUUUUAAAAAAAUUGUGUAAGCAUUGAAAAUCCGUGUUUCACUAUUGCCAUCUACGCAACUGUUUGCUACACGUGUUCGACAACUGCACUCCUACUGCAAUGUGUUGAUCACUGCGCCAUCUACAAACGUUUGCCAAACGUCUGAAACACGUUUCAGAUUUAUUCGGAAUUUCAGUAGCGGGUAUUUACACACGUUUCGAAUCGAGCCUAAACGUCUGUUAUCUGUGGUAAUAUUGUGAUAUUUCAGAACUAUGAAGUAGGAAUGCAAGCACUGUGCAGUUUUGAAACUAUUAAGAAAACAGCAGUCCGUUGAAGGCAGAACGAAGCUGCUCGGUGUGAAUCGAAAAUUUAUUUGGCGACGCAUGAAACGGUUACAAGAGCAUGUAGACAGCCAGGCAUGUUCUGUGAGGACAUUGAUUACAGCUGUGGCCUUGGAAUUCGACCAGACCCAUGAACCAAAUGGCUAAAAAUUGCAAUGCGUCAUGUAAGACGAUCCAAACUGUGGUGAUAAAAGACCUUGGUUUGUAUCCAUACAAACUCCGACAACACCAGCUUCGUUUUGAGGCAAUGAAAAAAGAAACUGGAAAUAUGCAAAAUGCUAAACAGAUAUUUGGCAGAUCAUCCUGACGUCGACAUUAUCUAUUCGGAUGAGAAAUUGUUCGAUGUAAAAUUUAAUCAUCAAAAUGAUGGGGUACUCGGUAAAAAUCUUAAUUCUAUUAAUCCCAGCGAUAAAUGUGUAUAUAUGACGCAAAAACCGGAUCUGGAUAUGAUUUGAGCUCCACAAGCUUCAAAUGGUAAAAAAUCUCCUACUUUUCGGAUUCCGAAAUGCGUGAAAUUAACUAGUACGUCUAAAUACCUGAAGUUUUGCCAUAGAUCGAAAAUGAGUUUUCAGACGUUGAAACUUGCUUUACCCAAGAUUCAGCACCAGCACAUGGGGAAAAAGCGUGCAAACGUGGUGUCACUAUAAUUUUAAGCCUUUUUUGGACCAAGGAAAUGGUGCGUCCUUCUCUGGAUAUCACACCACUCGACUGUGAUGAAUGUAUUGUUGAGAGAGUCACCAACGCUAAAUCAAAAUGUAAUAAGGAUGCUCUAAUGACUGCAACUGAAAAAGCAUGAAAUAAUAUUCCAAAUGAAACCGUGCGACUUCACAUCUUAGAUACUGUCCGAAACAGUCAUUAGCAAGGCGCUUAUUGCUCAUGCUUGGGUAUAAUUUAUCACAAAUGGUGUCUCCCCCGUAUACUUGCACAUAUGUCAGUGACGCUAAACUAAAGACAAAUUAAAACUGAUCGUUUAAGUUGGUGAAGGAUUGUGUUACGUCGGUUAGUGUGUUAGUAUGUCAGGCAUCGAAUUUGAAGCGAUCGAGAAUAUUAAACAGUGAUCUUUCUACCACACGAUGAUGAAUUGAAUUUUGCGAACGUGUUCUACAUGGUACUCACUUGUCACCGCAAUUUUACAUAUUCUCUAUGAAUGAUCGAUCAAAACGUUUUAAAUUGAAGAGUGUAACUCUUGUCUGCACAUGCGCUCUCUAAAGUAUGAAUUAAACUGCGAAACCUUCCUCAUUCGUGAUCUUAGAUUAACCGUUGUCCCACGCUUCCAGAAAUAUGUCGUAGCCAUGUUGUCAACUGAAGGAUGAAGAACUCAAAUUUUUCUUUUAUUUUAUUAAAGUGCGGCUAUCUUUUAUCGAAAAUCUACUAUCAGUUAGAAUGACUCCGGGGUGAAAUCAAACCAAAUUAGACGCUACAUCGAUAUGGUUCAAAGAUGACGACCAGAAAACUCCGAAACAAUCGCUGCUGUACAGAACUAAAAAAAAUAUGUAUACAUAUACAACUUUUCGGUUUAUUUUAAGCAUUUCGCUGUAAUGUUACGGAUAGUGACACUAUAGGACACUUUUACCGAAUUAACUUGUAUUAGUUUUAAGCGCUUCUGAGUGUGUGCGUAUAAACGUGUUGAAUGGUAGUGGUAACGAAAAGCAGUGUAACGCGUAAAGAUCGGGAAUGCAAGUCUUACAAAUUACACAGUAUUAUCUAGUGGUAAAAUUCUCCUAACAAAAACAAAUUCGGUGUACUCUACUGCGAAAGAAAACACACACACCCAUACAUCACAGACAGUGCGGCGAAGGAUUGCAUUCCCGCGCCAUAGAGCUGGGAUGGUGGUGGACUGCAUUCUCAAAGAGUGCUAAAUGUUUAUUAUAUUGUACUGAAGCUGGCCAUGUAUCAAAACUACAUUCGUUAUAGUUUUGUGUAGAAAAUAAAUUUUAAGUCGCUAACUUUAACUAUUUACCGCUUACUCCUAAAAAUUAACUUAUUCGCACCUGCUUUGAUAGCCUGCACGGUCGGUUCGUUGGCAACAACCAAAAUCUACUUAGUCAUUUUGUUCGAAAUUUCAUGUGCUAAAAUUUGUUCGAAUCCUAUUUUCGAUCGCUUUGAUUACGCAUGCUUCUAUUUUACCAGACGUCGUUAUUUUACGUUGCGAGUUUAGUGUUCGUGUAGUGUAUAUUAAAUGGGAAAAAAUUACUAAAUUUUAGCGUAAAAAGCUAAUGGUUUACUUAGAAGCUUCCUAAACAAAACAAAAGAAAACUAAAACUACCAAGUAACAAAAUGUGUUUGGAUGGAAAAAAGAAACACUUUACUCCAGCAAGAUCAAAAAGCAAAACUCCGAUUCGGAUGGGGAAUGUAAAGUAGAAAAUGGAAUAAUAAAGAAAGCAUGAAAACGUAUAUCUCUUAUAUAAUUUUGUGAUUUUACUUUUACUAUUUUAUUUACAUUAUAAAUAUACAAGACAAGAAUAUUGAAGGUUAGAGAACAAAUAUGUAGGGUUUACUAACGAUCAACUAUGAGCAGUGAAACGAAAAGUGUGAAAGAAUUUAAACGCGAGCGAUUGCCUCGAGCGCAACAACAAUUGUUACUAGGCGGACAGCGUGAGCCACGAAAAAUAGAAAACACACACAACACGUCAAAGGAAAACAUAUACAUAGAUAUCCUAAAUUUUAUAAAAAUUAACGAUAAAAAUACUGCGAUUAAUAAAAAAUAAUAAGGAAAAAUUGAAUCGACA